AUGCCCAUGCUCUCCAAGACAGGAGACGUCAACACCACUCCAAAGUCUCUCUUCAACGUGUCCGCACUUACUCCCGAGGCCACCUCCUGCUCUCCCACACUCCUGACCCUCCACUUCCCCUCGCCUUUCCUUCGCGGCCCUCGACUUCCGCAUCACGCCGGCGCCAGCCACCGCCUGCGGCCUAGCACCACCCUCACGAGACCUCCUCACUCCUGUUCGUCGCCAGCACCGUCGCCUUCUGCUUGCGCUUCCGUCGCCAGAUCCGGAACUGCUCAGCGCGCCGCAGCUCCGGUGCGCGGUGGACGGCGAGGAGCGGCCACAUCCCGGUCCGCCAAGCUGCUGCAGCGUCUCAGGCUACAAGGAGGCUGGCUGCCGGUGUGGCAGGCUGCGUGCGUCGCCAGAUCCCGAAACUGCUCGGUGCGCCGCAGCCCCGGUGCGCGGUGGACGGCGAGGAGCGGACGCAUCCCGGUCUGCCAACCUGCUGCGGCGUCUCAAGCUACGAGGAUGUCGGCUGCCGCUGUGGCAAGCUGCGUGCGUUGCCAGAUCCCGGAACUGUUGGGCGCGCCGCAGCCCCGGUGCGAGGUGGACGGCGAGGAGCAACUGCAGCCCAGUCUGCCAAGCCGCUGCGGCGGGCUGCGAAGACGCCGGCUGCUGCUGUGGCACACUGCGUCCGGGUUAAGCACACAAGCUGUUGAAACGUGGGAUAACAUUUGACAAGUUACUAACUGUUCCUGAGAAUGAUAGUUCGGUCGAUGAAGAUGCAUGGCCAGUCAGCAUCCUGUAUAGCUCUUUGACCAUAUUACCAGCUUCGUUGAAGUUACUGAAUUCACAGUAAGUACUCCAGAAUCCUUGUGUUCAAAUCUAUGCCCUUAUAUAGGUACAUUUGUCGGAGCAAAAGGAUUCUCUAAUCACAGUUAGUGGAAAUCUGUAUUAACAUUGAUUAAUAUUUCAGAUUAUGGUAUUAUUUGCUGCUUGGUGCUUAACUCUGAUCUUUUUUAUAUUUUCGUAGAUUGUUGAGAAUUCCCGUCUAAGUAAAGGAAUGGACUACUUUACUGCUUUGCUUAUAUCUAUGUGAUGAAAAGUUUUGAAAAAUAAUGUCAGUACACCCUGCCUAUGAGCAUGUCUCACUUUCACUAACAUAUUUAAUAUUUGACCAUUUGAAAUCUCUAAUCAUUCUGAGGAGCUCAGGCGUUCCGGCGGUCGCGAGCGGGCAGCCACAUGGCCUGCAUCCAUGAGUGGCGCUCAGGCGUCUCAGGUUGCAAGCGGCGAGCCUAUGCAGCCGAGCGGCCAUGGUCAUGUCCUUGGUGGCCGAACGCGCCACACUGUGGUGUAUCGCCACCGUCAGGUUGCUAGCUUGGGAAUGCGCGCGAGUCCUAUUGUGCGCGCGUGCUCACCUUCGAUGUGACCCUAGUGCGUGCUCUCAUGAACAACUACAUCGUCGUGGUUGUCAAUGUCUAUUGUUUUGAUUUUAUAACUUGUUUUGAGUUUGGAUUUGAAUUGUUGUGCUGUGUGGAUUUUGAUUCAGACUUGAUUUGGUCCUGGGCACCUUGUAGAUUUGGGCUUGCCGAUUUUGGAAAAUCCUUGUAUAAAUUUAGUAGAUUUGAGAAAACCUAUUUAAUUUUAGAUUGGGACAGUCCAGACGAAAUUUGAGUCUAAAAUUUUGUCUCUUUAGUAUUAAAUAGAAAUAUUUAUUUAUUUA